GCAGUUCGAACCAGCUUAUCCCGAAACUCUCUCGUGAAAUUAGCUUUCCAGUGAAUCUCUCAUAGCCUAUUUCUUGUAGUUCGUCGGUUAAAGUUUAACCCCGAAAUCAAACGAAAAUGGAUGCCAUUAAGAAGAAGAUGCAGGCAAUGAAGCUGGAGAAGGACAAUGCCAUGGAUCGGGCAGAUACCUUGGAGCAGCAAUCAAAGGAUUCCAACCUCCGUGCUGAGAAGGCGGAGGAAGAGGUCCGCGCUCUGCAGAAGAAAAUGCAGCAGCUUGAGAACGACUUCGACACUGCUCAGGAGUCUUUGCUGCAGGCCAACAAUAAACUCGAAGAAAAGGACAAAGCUCUGCAAAACGCGGAGGCAGAAGUUGCUGCUUUGAACAGGAGAAUACAAUUGCUUGAAGAAGACUUGGAAAGAUCUGAGGAACGUCUGAACACUGCAACGACCAAGUUGGCUGAGGCGUCUCAAGCUGCUGAUGAGUCGGAACGGAUACGUAAGGCUUUGGAGAAUCGUACCAACAUGGAAGACGAUCGUGUUUCUAUUUUGGAGUCCCAGCUUGCGCAGGCCAAAAUGAUCGCCGAGGAGGCGGAUAAAAAAUACGAAGAGAACCGCUCUCUGUCAGAUGAGGAGCGAAUGGAUGCGCUCGAGAACCAGUUAAAAGAAGCUAGAUUCUUGGCAGAAGAAGCUGACAGAAAAUAUGACGAGGUUGCCAGGAAACUGGCCAUGGUUGAGGCUGAUCUUGAAAGAGCUGAAGAGCGCGCCGAAACUGGUGAAUCGAAAAUUGUGGAGCUUGAGGAAGAACUCCGAGUCGUCGGCAAUAACUUGAAGUCUCUUGAAGUCUCCGAAGAGAAGGCCAACCAGCGUGAAGAGGCCUACAAAGAGCAGAUCAAGAGCUCGACCACCAGGCUGAAGCAGGCGACACAGAGAGAAGAAGAGUACGAAAGACAGAUCAGGACUCUAACUUCUCGCCUGAAGGAGAUGAGCUCAUCCAAGAGAAAGAAAAAUACAAGGGCCUAUCCGACGAAUUGGAUCAGACGUUCACGGAAUUGUCAGGAUAUUAGAACUUCUGCAAAAAUUCAGCGAAGAGGGACAUAUCUUCGCAGGCGCGGCUUGGACAUCAAUUUCCUCCCACUUCACGUCGCAAAAUCUCUUGCAGCAGAAGUUAGCUUUUUUCACCACCACGUUUUUCUGCCCACUGCAGAAUGCUUUGUGUAGGGUGUUGUAAUGCAUUUUGACAGAGCAGGCGCUCGAUUUCUUUCAUUUUGCCUCGCGAAUUGUUCGAUCAGGAAUUUUUUCGGAUACUGGCGCUUCCGUAUGUCUCAUAUUCUUUAUCCGAUGUAUUCGCUGACGGGAGCAAGCUUGAGUUCGUCUGGAUAAUAUUUCCGGACUAGCGUCUUCUUCCGCUUUCCUCAAGUAAUGGGCCCGUUAAUAUAUUUUUUGUUUUAUUUACGAAGCGUGCAUGUGUUUUACGCGAUUUGUAUUACACGAGAGAAUCAGCGACUUUGCGGCAUUAGCGAGAAAUGAUGAACGACUGGAUUUAAGAAUCCAAUCCGCCGCCGAUGGAGACAGUUCCUUAAAAAUGACUGCUAAGUUUCAAUUUGAAUCGUCGUGCUAGAUGCUUUAGGAGAAACAGGAAUGUGUGAAGUGGGAAUUAAUUUUUACUGAUAUUCAUGUGGAUGUAUCGAUCAUUACGAUGUACACAAACGUUCGAGUUUCUUCUCAGUGACGACUUAAUGUAGUUUCACGGACAGUGGCCUUGAUUCAUCUUUCUACUCUCCGCUUUCCGUCUCCAUGGGUUUUAUUUUAGCCAUAAGCCCACUUCACUCCUUAUUUCGGACGAAAAGUUUGGAUCAAGUUUUGUGUUAGUAUUUUGAGGGGAUUCCCCCGAAUGAUUUGGGGAUUUGAAUGCGUUUUUAUUUGCAACUAUCUUGCGCGCUCGCUUUUCGUCCGUGAAGCGAAUUCACGCAUAUUGUCACUGUUCUGCCACCGAGCUUUCGCCGGAUUAAUACGUCGUUGCGUUGUGGUUUCGACUGAUUCAGCCCAUGUCCCAGCCCCCUCGAGUCAGUUGGCUGCCAAGCUCAUUCACAUCCUUGUAAUAAAAGAGAAACAAUAAAUUCAAGAAUCAAGUCA